UUAUAUUUAAGGUUAUAUUUAUUGACAUGGAAUGUAGCUGAAGGUCCUCCUGUAGAUUUAUCUGAAGCUUUAGAGCUUCAUAAACCAAAACUUCCAGAAGUAUACGCUAUAGGUUUACAGGAAGUCUAUACUAGUAAUUCUGAGACUAAAUCUGGAAGUUGGUCGGAAGCCAUUACUAAAUUAUUAGCUCCAAAAGGUUAUGUGAGGUGUAAAGAAAGAUCUAUGCUAGGUAUAUGGAUAAUAGUGUUUAUCAGAAAACAGAUGUUACCCUAUGUUACAAAUAUAGAAUCAGAAAGAACUAAAACAGGCUUCGGGGGAUAUUGGGGAAAUAAAGGUGGAGUGAGUGUAAGAAUGGAUAUUUAUGGUGUUAAUGUUAUCAUAGUUAAUAGUCAUUUGGCUGCUCAUAUGGAAAAUGUUCAAGAAAGAAUAGAGGACUAUGACAGUAUUUUAGAUGAUCAGAAAUUUAAAGAUGAAGAUGUAGACCAUAUCAUGGAUCAUGAUUAUGUAUUCUGGAUGGGUGAUCUCAAUUUCCGUGUAAAUGGUAUAACAGCUAGUGAUGCUAUAAAGUGUAUUAAAAAAGAUGAUUACAAUCAUUUAUUAGAACAUGACCAGCUACUACUGUCUAUGAAAUCAGGGCUAGUAUUUGAUGAGUUUAAUGAAGGCGAUAUAACAUUUCCACCAACUUAUAAAUUUGAUAAAAAUACCGACCAUUAUGAUACCAGUGAAAAACAAAGAGUACCAGCAUGGACAGAUCGGAUACUGUGGUACCAUCAUAAAGUGGGUUAUGGUAAUCUACGAUUAAAUGUUCAACAGAAAAAAUAUCAGAGUCAUAAUGAUUAUAAAUCUAGUGACCAUCGACCAGUUUCUUCUAUAUUCCAAUUUCAGGUAUUCCCCCAUCCACCAAGUCAGCCUAUAUCAUUUCUACCUAUCAAUGAAAUAAAACGAAAGACUGAUAUGACUAUUAAAUAUACUGUAGAUAGUACUUUCAUGACUAAUUAUAAUGAUUGGAUUGGACUAUAUCGGACUGAUUUCCAAUCAUUCAAUGAUUAUAUAACCUAUAUCUGGGCCGUGGAGGGUGGACAGUUUCAUGGUGAAAAGGGUGUUACAUUGAAAUUUUAUAAAAGUUACAUGACAAUGAAACCAGGAAACUACUGUUUAAUCUAUCUGACUAGUAAAUACAGUAUUUGUGGAAUCAGUGCCAAAUUUAAGGUA